AAAUGGUAUAGAAUAACCUCGAUAUGAAAUUUGACAUUUGACCACGUAUUUGACGAAAAGAAGAUUGACUGUUUCAACAGUCGAUCGACUGUUUGUUACAAAGAAUUACUUAAUUCAGUUUUAAUUGAACCUUAAGUUCGAUAUUAUCAGUUCAAAAUGAAAAAGAAGGUUUUGUUAAUGGGUAAAAGUGGUUCAGGAAAGACAAGUAUGCGUAGCAUAAUUUUUGCUAAUUAUAUUGCUCGUGACACUCGUCGCUUGGGAGCAACAAUUGAUGUAGAACAUAGUCAUGUUCGAUUCCUUGGUAAUUUGGUGCUAAACCUUUGGGAUUGUGGUGGCCAAGAAGCAUUUAUGGAAAAUUAUUUUGCAUCUCAGCGUGACAAUAUAUUUAGAAAUGUUGAAGUUCUGAUCUAUGUUUUUGAUGUAGAAUCAAGGGAAUUAGAUAAGGAUAUGCAUUAUUAUCAAAGUUGCUUAGAAGCAAUAUUACAAAACAGUCCAGAAGCAAAAAUAUUCUGCUUAGUACAUAAAAUGGAUUUAGUGCAAGAAGAUCAACGAGAUGUGAUAUUUAGAGAAAGAGAAGAAGAUCUGAAAAGACUUAGCUUACCACUUGAAUGCACAUGUUUCAGGACUAGCAUAUGGGAUGAAACAUUAUAUAGAGCAUGGUCUUCAAUUGUAUAUAUGUUAAUUCCUAAUGUGAAAGAACUUGAACAAAGUUUGAAACAAUUUACAAACAUUAUUGAUGCUGAUGAAGUACUUCUGUUUGAAAGAGCAACAUUUUUAGUGAUUAGUUAUUGUCAAAGGCAGCAUCAUAGAGAUGUACAUCGAUUUGAAAAAGUUUCUAAUAUAAUAAAACAAUUCAAAUUGAGUUGCAGCAAACUGGCAGCACAAUUUCAAAGUAUGGAAGUUAGAAAUACAAAUUUUGCUGCUUUUAUUGAUGUAUUUACAUCAAAUACAUAUGUAAUGGUUAUCAUGUCGGAUCCUGCUAUUCCGUCAGCAGCAACAUUAAUCAACAUUCGUAAUGCACGAAAGCAUUUUGAAAAACUAGAACGUGCUAGCCAAAGCUCGGCAUUAAGUAGAUAG